UUUUUCUGUUUGCUGUUGUUUGAUUUUGAGACUGAUUUGUUGAGAAGAAGACAUCCAUCCCAUUGUCAUGUCAGUAUAUUUAUUUCUUAUUUGUUAAAUAGGGUGAACGUCUAGGAGUGUCGAUAAUGAUCAAGUCUCUCCCCUCUCGCAGAUGGAGAGAGGCAUCAUCUCUGGUGAUCGCGGCGCGAAAUGCUGAAAAUGUCAAUGGCAGUGAUUAUUCAAUUUUGUUGUUGCAAAGAGGCAACACUGCAACGUUCGCCAAAAGCCAUCACGUUUUUCCCGGUGGGGUUUUGGACGCGUCUGAUUCGAGAAGCGACUGGCUCGACAGCUUCUCGCGGAUCCUGAAAACAGACAGUGUGACGAGCACUAUGGAUGUGCUCAAGACCACAGGAUGUAGUAACGAAGUACGUGCACCUCCUACGUUUAUGCGUAGUAGAGCAUACGAUGAGGAUGUCCAGCCAUUCGGGUUGCCAGCCGAGCUGGCGUUCAAAAUAUGCAGCCUGAGAGAGACGUUUGAGGAGUCGGGAAUCCUGCUAGCCAGACCUGCAACUGACACUGAUUUCAAGCAUCGGCUACUGGAUAGCCGAGGUGGACAGCCAGCUGAGAUGGCAUCCGUUGUGAAACUUAGUGAAUCGGAUAGAGCCCAUUGGGCGAGUGUGGUGCGCGCAGACGCGUCCAAGUUCCUACCGAUGUGCCAAGCGCUAGACUGCGUCCCCGACGUGUGGAGCACACACCUGUGGUCUGUGUGGCUGACGCCGAGUAACGCCCCGAAGCGAUUCGACACGCCGUUCUUUCUGACCGUGCUGCCCGAAGUCCCGGACCUGCUUGUCAACGAUGCCGAGCACCAGAGCGUCCGGUGGCUGCGUGCGUCCGACAUCCCAGCGAGCAUAGCUGCCGGCGAGGUCAAGGUUGGGCCGCCGCAGGCCAUGGAACUGCUGCGGAUAGCACGGCACGGCGAGUGCAGUGAACUGCUGCAACAUGCUGUGCAGCGAGCACAGGAGCACGGCAGUGAGCGAUGGUGUCCGCUACGGGUGAGGUGUAUGGACGGCUUGAUCAGCGUGUUCCCUGGCGACUCGCUGUACGGAAACUUCAGCUCCGGUGAGAGUGUUGACUGUACGAUGCUGGAAUUGAUCAGCAGAUCCCAACGUGUACACGCCCUGUUAUGUUACAGCAGUACUGACUACCGCUUUUACUGUAACAUUCCGGAACGGCGCGGCCAUCUCUUUCCAGUAACCCAUGAUGUAUGCCCUACCCCGGUUGCUGAUGCGGUAUAGACUAUCAUACUAUGGUGUGACUACUGUGACCGUUAAGUACUGAGUACUGUUUGUAUACAGGAUGAUGGUGCAGCUUGCAAGCGACUGUACUCAUGUACUGGGUAGACAUGAAUGAGGUGCAGACGUGACUAGUAGUAGACCUAGCUGAGCAUUGACUUGAGUAUCCUGGCAAUUGCUUGCAGUACAUGUACUGGCAGCAUGUUGACUAAUCAUGCAUGUGAGUGUACAGCGCAUCAUUAGAUGCCAUGCAUCGUGAUGAGUUUGUAAUGCGGUCACAGUAACAGUUGAGCGAUGCCUGGAAUGCUGCCAGCAGGAUCUCCUGUUCGUGCCACCUGCUGCUACUGGGCACUGGAGGCCUGAUGAGCAUUCGGUACAUCUAUUUAUUACAUGGACUGGUCCGUAAUAGGUGACACCCCCAGUGCACCAACCUCUUUUCCUUACUUCCAAUAUGAUGCAAGUGUAUUUUUAAUGUCCUUCAGUAGAACGUUAGGCCUGUGCUGGAUCGUAGAUGCGAUCAUUCUGAAUACCCAACUAUUUCUCUUAGAAUAUUCUAUCUGGUAUUCACAUGCUGCUGGACAGCUUAUGUGACCUUAUUAUUAUUUUCAUUACUGCCUGUCGAUAUGUAUUGUAGCCGUUCAAUUGACCCCUACUGCGCCAAGGCGCCCAAGACUGAUGCCAGUAAUGUGCUCCUACUAGUCCUAGCUGGUGUGUCUUGUUUGAAGGUGAAUUUCUUCUGUAGACACAUGCUACUGUCCUUACAUUUCUCCAUCAUCUGUUCUUCUGUGGACAUUGCCUGACACUAUUCUCUGGUGAUGUACUCCUGUUCACGUUUAUGUGAUUUUCUAUUCACAAACGCCGAUCUCAUCACUAGUGUGUGUGUGUGUUCGUUGGUGCCCGUGGUCUGCGCUCCAGACUUGUCUCUGCAGUGGUCUGUGAUUGCGGCUUUGGUGUGUCCUCUACUGUGUACAUUGAUCACUUUACGUCUCCUUUUUUUCUUUAUCUGUGUGUGGGUGUGUGUGUGUGUGUCUCUCUCUCUCUCUCUCUCUCUCUCUCAUACGUGCGCGCCCGCACACACACACACACACACACGCACACACACACACAUGCUCACUCACAUGUUCACUCACAUAGUCCUCUUCUCUCUCUUCCCCGACACGUGCAGCAGAAGAGGCUGUCCUGCUUCUACCACUCUUGUCCAUCGGCUGAUCAAUUCUGACUUUGGAAA